AUGGAGGAGAAAAUAACAGAAUGGACAAAAAUAGAGGGGGAGAUGAGGAAAAAGCUCAAGGCGUUCUUUGAGCGUGGCAUGACCUGUGUUGGGUCGCCACUUAUUCAGGAGGCUUCUGCCGAAACUGGUUUAGAUACCAGUGUCGUAGAGAAUUGGCUGGGCAAUUACAAGAGGACUUUUAACUUUAAUCGGUGGUCCAAGUUAGGGACAGAGGACAGGCAAAAAUACAAAGAGGAGGCAGCUGCUUUAAAAGCAAACCCGAAGGACUUUAGUCCUGACAUGAGGGCACUAAAGAUUAAGAGGCACAUGAAGCAGCUCGUGCUGAAGGUGUCUCAACUGGAGGAGUUGGGUGUGGAAACGGCUAUGUUAGCCGUUGACCGCCUGAAUCCAGAGCCGUCUGUCAUUCAGAUCGCCAGUAAAAAGGCUGCAGUGUUUCUGGAGGAAACAAACACAGCAAAUUCAUUUGCUGUCAAAAUGUCAGCUCCUGCUGCGUAA